CAGCAACACUGAGUGAGAUCCACCAGUGCAGUGCAGGGCGCCAUGGCGAGCGCCAGCGCCACCUCCAGCAUCCUCGUCCCGGCGACCCCUGCCGCCUCGACUUCCCCUGCAUGCCCGUCCAAGAAGGCCGCCGGCGCCAGCCGCCGGCGCCGCGCCGUGUCGUGCCGGGCCAGCGCCGGCGGAAACGAUGGCGGCCUCCUCUGGCUGCCGCGGCGGGACGUGCUCGCCGGCCUGGGCGGCGUCGCGGCCGGCCUCGCCGGGUACCCGGACCUCGCGUCCCUCGCGCUGGAGGCGAACCCCGUGGAGAGCUGCCGCCGGGGCGACAAGGUCACGGACAAGCUGGUGGAGUGCUCGGACCCGAACCGCGGCUUCCCGUGCCCGCCGCAGAUGCGGAUCCCGAUCGUCGACUUCGUGCCGGAGGGCGCGGUGAAGCGCGUCCGGCGGCCGGCGCACCUCCUCGACCGCGAGUACCAGGAGAAGUACAAGGAGGCCGUCGGCAAGAUGCGGGCGCUUCCGGAGUCGAACCCGCUGAGCUUCGCGGCGCAGGCGGCCGUCCACGAGGCCUACUGCGACGGGCACUACCGGUACGACCCCACGGAGAAGAACCGGCCCUUCGACGUGCACUUCUCCUGGAUCUUCGCGCCGUGGCACCGCAUGUACAUCUACUUCUACGAGCGCGCCCUCGGGCAGCUCAUCGGCGACGACACCUUCGCGCUGCCCUACUGGAACUGGGACGCGCCCGGCGGCAUGGGGAUCCCGGCCAUCUUCAAGGACUCCUUCGCCAACCCGCUCUACGACCCCUACCGCGACCAGACCCACCGCGACGCCCUCAUAGACCUCGACUACAUCCACUCCCCCCAAGACGUGCCACCGAUCCCUUUCGUGCGGACGCCGGCGACCGCCACAGCCUACGAUGAGGCUGUGCAGAAGAACCUCUGCACCAUAUACCAGCAGCAAAUCCGGGGCGGCAAGGGCCCGCGCGCGUACCUGGGCGAGAAGCUCUGCAGCGAGGCGAGCUUCCGGGUGAAGGAGAUCAACGAGCGCUCGAGGAGGAGGCAGGACGGGCAGAAGAUCAAGCCGAACCCGUCGGCGAGCCAGGGCACGCUGGAGCGGAUGGCGCACACAGCCGUGCACGUCUGGGUGGGGCGGCCGAGCCCCACGGGCGGGUGCACCCUCAACGACGGCGCCGUCAUGGGGCACGACGGCAAGCCGCACUGCGGCAACGACAUGGGCUUCCUAGGCUCGGCGGGGCGGGACCCGCUCUUCUACUCGCACCACGCCAACGUGGACCGCAUGUGGCACCUCUGGUCCACCAAGCUCGGCGGCGCCGGCUUCGACGACCCGGAGUGGCUGGACGCCAGCUUCGUCUUCUACGACGACGUCGAGAAGCCGCGGCUCGUGCGGAUGAAGUUCCGCGAUGUCCUGGAGGCGAAGAACCUCGGGUACACCUACGACGAGGAAUCGGAGAAGGCGCUCCCGUGGUUCAACAGCAAGCCGACCCGGCUCUCCCCCGGCAGCAAGGGCGGCUCGGGCAAGGCGGCGGCGGCGCCGGAGUUCCCUCUGAGCCUGCGCGGCAACCAGGCCGUGGUGGUGCCUGGCGUGGCCGUGCCGGCGAAGGAGGCGGGGAAGGACCUGGUGCUGGUGGUCGAGGGCAUCGAGUACGACCCCCAGACGGACAACAAGUUCGACGUGGCCAUCAACGUGCCCAAGGAGGACGCCCUCAAGGUGGGGCCGCAGUACAGCGAGUACGCCGGCAGCUUCUCCGCCGUGCCGAGCUCCAAGGCGGACGGCGGGACGCUGCUCGGGAAGAUCAGCCUCUUCGUCGACGGCGUGCUGGCAGACCUCGGGGCCAGCGGCGACGCCACCGUCGACGUCGUGCUCGUGCCGCGCACGGCGGGGGAGGUGAAGGUCUACCUCCCGCCGACGAUCCAGAACGCGUGAGGAGAAUGCAGUGCGCCAGUGGCGAUGUCGUCGCAACGGUGUCCGCAAGAAUAAACGGCCGGCCUUGUAGUUUGCUUGUGACAUUUGUAUUAUAAUUUUUUUAAAAUUAUGGUGGGGCCGGGUGUUCCCUGGAAUUGCAUGGAUAGUGCGAAUUUUUUAA